CUAAAGUUGGAACCCUACAUUACACAAAAUCCGACAUUCCCAAUUAUCACUCCUUCGGAGUUCAGAUCUAUAAAACAAUCCCAUAAAUGUCUUUCAAAACCACCGCCAGUUACGGUGCUACAACCACGCUCACUCCUACUCAACCCUCCUCCGGUCCCUCCAACCUCACGUUCAUUUCACGCGCCAAGGAAGCCACCACCAUAAACCCAACCCUCGCCACCGCCGCCGCCGCGACAGCGACAAUCUCCAACACCGCCGCAACGACGCGCCCAUGGCGGGAGCUUCUAGACCCUUCCGCACUCUCCCGACCUUACUCUUACUCCGACGCGAUGCUCCGCGUUCGUCGCAACCUCUCCCACUUCCGCGUUAACUACACCGCAGUGAUGCUCCUGGUUCUCUUCCUCAGCCUCCUAUGGCACCCUUUCUCCAUGAUCGUCCUUCUCCUCCUCCUUGUCGCCUGGUACUUCCUCUACUUCUCUCGUGACAGACCGCUCUCUGUACUCGGCACCGUUCUUGACGAUACAACAGUUCUCUGCACCCUCGCGCUUGUGACGGUUGUGAUGCUUGUGUCCACUCACGUUGGGACCAACGUGUUGGUGGCGCUCAUUGUUGGGGUUGUGGUGGUUGGGAUCCACGCGGCGUUUAGGGUUACUGAGGAUUUGUUUCUUGACGAAGAGAAUGCGGCAGCAGGCGGGUUGCUCUCUGUCGUUGGUACCCAACAGCAUCUCAGAACGGGUUAUACCAGAAUUUGAUUGCAAUUGAGUCCUCAAAGUUCAAUUGAAAAAAAAUUCAAGUGUGAGAAUUUCUGAAAUUUCAAGAUAUUCUGUGUGUUGUUUAGUUAAUUAACUAUUUUUACUUUUAACUGAA